CACCAUGAACUACUUGAUCCUGUCAUCUCCAAACCUCAAGUCUUGUUCUCCCCUUCAUCAUCACCUAGCUUGUCUCCUACGAGGCCCUCUCUCACCCUCCCACCUCCUCCAAAUCCACGCCCAAGUCUUCCUCCUCGGCGCCCACCAACACCACCUCAUCGCCACCCGCCUCAUCAACCACUACUCCCCAUCUCCCCACGUUGCCCUCCGCAUCCUCCACUCCCUCCAUAACCCCAAUCUCCUCCCCCUCAACGCCGCCAUCAGACUCGCCGCCGAGCACCGCCUCUUCUCCACUGCAUUCUCCCUCUUCAAAUCCCUCCUCCAAACCCCCCUCUCCCCCAACGGCUUCACCUUCUCCUUCCUCCUCAAGUCCUGUUUUCGCUGCCAAAACUCGGUACCUGUAAGGAAAAUCCACGCCAUUGUUGUCAAGACGGGGUUCCUCCGCGAUACUUUCGUAUGUAAUGGGUUGCUUUCUGUCUAUGGGAAGGGAGUGCGGGAUCUGGGCUCUGCACGGAAGGUGUUCGAUGGAAUGCCUGACAAGAAUGUAACGUGCUGCUGGACGUCUUUGAUCGAUGGAUAUGCCAAGGCGGGGGAGGCCGAGGAGGCCUUGAGGGUUUUUGUGAGGAUGGUGGAGGGGGAUUUGCGGCCGGAAGAUGCGACAUUGGUCAGUGUGUUGUCCGCUUGUUCCAGUCUUGACAUGGGGAAGAUUGAGGAGUGGGUUUCGGUUAUGGCGCGUGUGGGUGGCAGUGUGGUUGGGUUGGACUCUGUGAGGACUGUGCUGGUGUAUUUGUAUGGGAAAUGGGGGAGGAUUGAGGAGAGUAGGGAGAUGUUUGAUGGCGUUUCGGAGAGUGGGAAGCGAAGUGUGCUGCCGUGGAAUGCUGUCAUCGGCGCGUAUGUUCAGAAUGGUUGUCCUCUGGAGUGUUUGAGUGUUUUCCGGAUGAUGGUGGGAGAUCCCAGUCGUGAGCCUAACCAUGUUACUAUGGUCAGUGUGCUUUCGGCUUGUGCUCAAGUUGGCGAUUUAGAGCUUGGUAGGUGGGUUCAUGAGUACUUGGAAAGUAAAGGAAACAGAAGUGUAAUUGGAUCAAAUAAGAUUCUGGCCACUGCAUUGAUUGACAUGUAUUCCAAAUGUGGGAGUUUGGAGAAGGCAAAAGAGGUUUUUUACCAGAUGGAGUCGAAAGACAUUGUUUCUUUCAACGCUAUGAUCAUGGGUCUUGCAGUUAACAGUGAAGGACAGGAGGCCCUCAGGCUGUUCUCGAAAGUUCAAGAUUUUGGUUUAUUACCCAAUGGUCGUACCUUCCUUGGUGCUUUAUGUGCAUGCAACCACUCAGGUUUAUCAGAGAAAGGGCGUCAAAUAUUUCAUGAUAUGACCUCCAGCUUUUCCAUUUCACCUAAAAUAGAACAUUAUGCUUGCUAUAUUGAUCUCCUUGCUCGAGUAGGCCUACUUGAAGAAGCCCUCGAGGUUGUGACUUCCAUGCCGUUUGAGCCUAAUAGUAUUGUGUGGGGUGCUUUGCUUGGUGGUUGUCUGCUCCACUCUAGACUAGACUAUGCUGAAUAUGUUUCCGGUAAACUUGUCCAAUCUGACCCCAACAAUACCGGCGGUUAUGUCAUGCUGGCUAACGCGUUUGCAUCUGACCAUCGAUGGGGUGAUGUAUCUUCUCUGAGGCGGUUUAUGAGGGAAAAGGGAGUGACCAAGAAGCCCGGCUGUAGUUGGAUCAGCAAUAAUGGUGUUGUGCAUGAAUUUCUCGUGGGACGCUCAUCACACCCUCAAAGUGAAAUUAUAUGUAACACGCUAAAUGGAUUGGUGAAACAAAUGAAGAUAGCAGUUGACAUACUAUGAGACAUCUGUCGUAAGUAUACACCAAAGGGAAUGCCAUAUGCGGGCUUUGCCUUAGAUCACAGUUUUAUUUGUGAAGGGAAAAAAAGUUGACGCAUAAACCUCAAAAACAUCUGAAGUUGACCUGUGUUGCCUAAAAGCAAAAGAAAAGAUUAACCCAAAGAUGGAGUUGUUACUAAAUACCCAUUGGAGUUCUGGAAAUUCAAUGCCUGGGUAAAAUGUGCAUGGAGGCUCAAUAUUUUCAUUUCCUCAGUUAUCUUCUCUCCUACAGUGAUCAUGCAAGUGAAGUCUCAGAGGGGGCCUACUGAGAUGCCAUAUGUUGCUGAAUUUCAGUGUCUGCAAUGCAAAGAAGUUCGUAUAGGAAAACUGGCAAAGAAGGUCAUCAGAAAAGAAUCUGGAAAAGACCGAAAGAGAGAGUUUGGGGUGAUAAUUCUGUAUAAUCUCUGAUGAUCAGGUAUAUGGUCUUUACAUUGUUAUGAAAGGAAUCCAAUAAUUUACCUUGUGAUUGAUUGGAUUCCUGAGCUGUAUGAUAUUAGAGGUUUUCAUAAUUAUGUCUUUUUGUUAUGUAGUCACUGUGUUGUCCAUAUUAGAUAGGACCAUUGCCUUACAAAUAAUGCUCUUCUUCCUAAUCUCACUUGAAUGAUCAUUAUAUGUAACUGGUUGAAUCCUUUCAGUCUAUGAGGAUAAAUAACCGUC